GCGAGGAUGCCAAGGAAUCGCAGCUCCAUCCUUAACGCGGAAGCGUUACUGAUCCUGGUGAUCGUUGUUCUCUUCACCCUCGAUCCUGCACGAUGUACGCCGUCGCACAGGAGCAGACAUCAUGCUGACCUUUCUCACGAGGAAAUGAAAAAUUUGCGAUCUUUCGAGGAGCUUCCACGACCCGAAGCUCUCGGCAGUAAUUCAGCCGAUGAUCCACUUAUAGUACAGACACAGAAAGGUCGGGUCAGGGGUAUGACCUUGACCGCCACUACAGGAAAAACGGUGGACGCAUGGUUCGGUAUUCCCUACGCGCAGAAACCACUCGGUUCUUUGAGAUUUCGCCACCCGAGACCUGCGGAACGUUGGUCUGGUGUUCUGAAUGCAACGAGCCUUCCAAAUAGCUGCGUACAAAUUUUGGAUACCGUUUUUGGAGACUUUGCUGGCGCCACCAUGUGGAAUCCUAACACGGCACUCAGCGAGGACUGCCUCUAUGUGAACGUUGUUACGCCUCGACCAAGGCCUACUAACGCUGCUGUCAUGGUAUGGAUAUUUGGUGGUGGAUUCUACUCGGGUUCAGCUACCCUAGAUGUUUACGACCACCGCACUCUGGUUUCCGAAGAAAACAUCAUUCUAGUGUCAAUGCAGUACCGCGUUGCCAGCCUUGGAUUCCUCUACUUCGGAACUCCCGACGUGCCUGGAAACGCUGGUCUCUUCGACCAAAUGUUAGCAUUGCAGUGGGUCCGCGACAAUAUCGCCGCCUUCGGUGGCAAUCCUGACAACGUGACUCUCUUUGGCGAAAGUGCCGGAGCUGUCUCCGUUUCCUUGCAUCUUCUAUCGCCACUAUCCAGGCACCUCUUCAACCAAGCCAUAAUGCAGUCAGGUUCGCCAACGGCGCCCUGGGCUAUAAUAUCCCGUGAAGAGUCGAUCGUUCGUGGACUCCGACUAGCCGAAGCCGUUGGUUGUCCUCAUGAACGUGAUUCCUUGCAAGCGGUCAUCGACUGUCUCCAGCAGAGUGAUCCUCUCGACCUGGUCAAUAACGAAUGGGGCACCCUCGGUAUAUGCGAGUUUCCAUUUGUUCCCGUGAUAGACGGUUCCUUCCUUGACGAAACCCCACAGCGCUCAAUGGCCACUGCCUCGUAUAAGAAGGCGAAUAUUCUUCUCGGCUCGAACACCGAAGAAGGUUUCUACUUCAUAAUUUAUUAUUUGACCGAGCUCUUCCGCAUUGAUGGCACCGAGGAUGUCGAGGUGUCCCGUGAGGAGUUCAUUCGGGCCGUCACUGAACUCAAUCCUUACGUCAACCAAAUCGCCCGACAGGCCAUCAUCUACGAGUACACUGACUGGAUUCGUCCAAACGAUCCUCACGUCAAUCGCGACGCCCUCGACAAGAUCGUUGGUGACUAUCAGUUCACCUGUAACGUUAAUGAGUUCGCAGAACAUUACGCCAGCACGGGAAAUACCGUUUACAUGUACUAUUAUAAGCAUAGAUCAGCGAACAAUCCCUGGCCGAAAUGGACGGGCGUCAUGCACGCCGAUGAAAUAAGCUACAUCUUCGGCGAACCCCUUGACAUGUCGAAGAAGUACACCACAGAGGAAAUACAUCUCUCAAAGCGGAUGAUGAAAUAUUGGGCAAACUUUGCGAAAACAGGAAAUCCUAGUAUGGGUGAUGAUGGUUCUUGGACGAAGCCUAUUUGGCCCGUACAUACUGCUUCGAACAAGGAGUAUCUGACUCUUGACACCAACACAACAGAAAUCGGUCAAGGUCCUCGUGUGAAGCAAUGCGCUUUUUGGAAAACAUAUCUCCCUCAGCUCCUGAGUGUUACCA